GCGGCGGCGAGCAGGGGGGGGGGACCCCGGCGGGAUGAGGCGGGCGCGGUGCUGAGGCGGCCCCGGUGCGGGAGCGGGGACGCGUCAUGACCUCGGCGCGGGAGGCGGCCGGUUCCCCCCCGUUGCACCCCCCGGGCGGCGGGCGGCGGCGGAGCGCCCUGGACCAGCUCCCGCCGCCCGCCAACUCCAACAAGCCGCUGACCCCCUUCGGCAUCGAGGACAUCCUGGGGCGGCCCCGCGGCGGGAGCCCCCCCGGGCCCGGCCCCGCCGCGCCCCCCGCCCGGCUCCCCGAGAAGGCGCCGGGGCCCCGCGGCGGCGGCUGCGCCCCGUCCUCGCCGCUCUGCGCGCUGGAGGAACUCGCCAGCAAAACCUUCCAGGGGCUGGAGCUGGGCGUGCUGCAGGCGGCCGAAGGUCGGGAGCCGCUGGGGGCCCUGGGGCAGCGCCCGCCCUGCAAGAAGAGGCGCAAGUCGCGGACGGCGUUCACCAACCAGCAGAUCUACGAGCUGGAGCAGCGGUUCCUGCGGCAGAAGUACCUGUCCCCAGCGGACCGGGACCAGCUGGCGGCCCGGCUGGCGCUCAGCACGGCCCAGGUCAUCACCUGGUUCCAGAACCGCCGCGCCAAGCUCAAGCGGGACCUGGAGGAGCUCCGGGCCGACGUGGCCUCGCUGCAGGCGCUGCCCCCCGCCGCCCUUCAGCAGCUGGCGGCUCUGCCCGACCCCCCCCCCACGCGCGCACACUCAUGA